CGGGAGCGCGCUUUCUUGUCACCAACCCGCCAUUCUGUCAGAGCGAGUCCAGACUAGACUGCAAGUGGACGUGCUUCUCCUACAGAGAUCAGACAUCGACCACUAGCUCACGAGCCGAGCCGGGAGUCGCGUUGCGUCUUUGCUUUAACUCGAACCAAACCAACUCUGAAUUCGCAUUAAAUAUGUCUAAUAUCGUUUGCUGUCAAACGCCUCAGGUUAUAAUGUAUGACCAACACAGAAUAAGUACAACUCUAUAGCCAACGGGAUCCCAAGGACUUGAUUACAGUCGCUUCAAGCCUGAUAGUUUGUCCGUGCGGCUGCUCCCCCUCUCCCUUCUGCUCACGCCCGUUUAGUCAACUGGCAUUUCUUCUAACAACUUACCAUCCCUCUCCUCUGGUGAAGAAGUCUUGAGUUCCACUGUGAUCUCAGUCUACUUUGCCUCUUGCCUACCUUCGGUUCCACUUUCAGCAGUGGUGCUUCCCUGGAUUUGCAUUAUUCUGUAUUAGGCAUACCAUCAAAAUUUACCAAGAUGAUUCCAAAUGGUUAUUUGAUCUUUGAGGAUGAGAGUUUCCUGGAUUCCACUGUGGCCAAAAUGAACGCUCUGAGAAAGAGUGGUCAGUUCUGCGACGUUAGACUUCAGGUGUGUGGUCAUGAGCUGAUGGCUCACCGUGCUGUACUGGCUUGCUGCAGUCCCUACCUGUUUGAGAUCUUUAAUAGUGACAUUGAGCCCCACGGAGUCUCACAUGUCACCUUUGAGGACUUGAACCCAGAGGCUGUGGAGGUCUUGCUCAAUUAUGCCUAUACUGCCCAGUUAAAGGCAGAUAAGGAACUGGUCAAGGAAGUUUACUCUGCAGCCAAAAGGUUCAAGAUGGAGCGAGUCAAACAGAUUUGUGGCGACUACCUGCUGUCUAAAACGGAUUCCGAGAGCGCCAUCUCUUUUCGUAACUUUGCCAGCUCUAUGGGAGAUGCCAGAGUUUUGGCCAAGGUGGACGCCUUCAUCCAGGACCAUCUACUGGAAGUGUCGGAACAGGAGGACUUCCUCAAACUUCCCCGUCUCAAGUUAGAAGUAAUGCUAGAAGACAACCUGACCCUGCCCAGCAAUGGGAAGCUCUACUCGAAGGUGCUCAACUGGGUGCAGCGUAGCCUUUGGGAGAAUGGAGACCAACUGGAAAGACUGAUGGAGGAGGUGCAAACGCUGUACUACUCACCUGACCAUAAGCUGGUGGAUGGAGGGCUGGUGAUUGAUGGGCACAGUGAGGUGUUUGGUGGCGAGGAGGACCACCUUCAGUUUGUGCAGAAGAAACCCGUACGGGAGAGCACCCAGCGGCAGAUCAGCUGCAGCUCAUCUGGAAGCCUGUCGCCCUCCAACCAAGCAGCAAAUGCCCCAAAACUGCCCGGCAGGAGAGAGUGGAAGUACAUCGCCUCUGAGAAGACCACAAACAACAACUACCUGUGUCUGGCUGUGCUGGAUGGUGUGUUGUGUGUGAUCUUCUUGCACGGUCGCAGCAGCCCCCAGACCUCUCCCUCUGCCACCCCCUGCCUGAUGAAGAGCCUCAGCUUCGAGGCCCAGCCCGAGAGACUGGAGGAGCAGCUGCUCUCCCCCAUGCAUUAUGCUCGCUCUGGUCUGGGCACCGCAGCCCUGAACGGAAGACUCAUCGCAGCAGGAGGCUACAACAGAGAAGAGUGUCUGAGGACGGUGGAGUGUUAUGACCCCAAAGAGGACCGCUGGACCUUCAUCGCUCCAAUGCGGACUCCAAGGGCUCGAUUUCAGAUGGCCGUACUCAUGGGUCAGCUGUACGUGAUUGGAGGGUCAAAUGGACAUUCUGACGAGCUGAGCUGCGGGGAGACGUACGAUCCACAUGCUGCUGAAUGGGCUCAAGUGCCAGAACUGAGGACAAACCGCUGCAAUGCAGGUGUCUGCUCAUUGAACAACAAACUCUACGUUGUGGGCGGGUCGGACCCCUGCGGUCAGAAGGGCUUGAAGAACUGUGAUGCUUUUGACCCUGUGAUGAAAACCUGGUUCAACUGUGCCUCCCUUAACAUCAGGAGGCACCAGGCAGCAGUGUGUGAAUUGGAUGGCUUCAUGUACGUGAUUGGGGGGGCGGAGUCGUGGAACUGCCUGAACACUGUUGAACGCUACAACCCUGAGAACAACACCUGGACCCUGAUAGCCCCCAUGAAUGUGGCUCGCAGGGGGGCCGCCGUUGCUGUACAUGAAGGCAAACUGUUUGUUGUUGGCGGCUUCGACGGCUCCCACGCGCUCCGCUGUGUGGAAGUGUACGACCCCGCCCGCAACGAGUGGAGGAUGCUGGGUAGCAUGACCUCUUCCCGCAGCAAUGCAGGUGUGGCCAUGCUGGGAGAAGCCAUCUACGCCGUGGGCGGCUUCGAUGGAAACGAGUUCCUCAACACAGUGGAGGUGUACAGCCCCGAGACGGACGAGUGGAACGACUGCACCGAAGCCCUGUCGCCACUCUCCGACUGAAGGGGGAGGGGGGCGGGGGGGAGAAGGAGUUUCACGGUGCUUCACCUAUUUCCAAACUAACAGGCUUAGUGACGUAAUCGUGUUUCGUGACGUUCUGUGUGUGUGUGUGCGGAUAUGUGGUGGUGGGGUUUGUUGGGAUGAUUGGUCUUCAGUGAAGACUGGCUUAUAUUUGGUGGGAGGGGGGUUGUUACCCAAAACAACAUGAAGCCGUUGCAUAUUGCAUACAAUGUUUUUUUUGUGCUGUAUAUAUUUUGUUUCUUCCUCAUUUUUGUCAUAUGCCAACAUUUAAUACACAUUUAGUGCUUUUCCUUUCUCUUAGACUUGAACCGUUUGUCUCUGAGGUUUUUCAGAUGAGCUAGCAGUUAUUGUUACUUGGAAAGUGGAGUGGUGACAAUUAACUUUUGAAAGUUAAAAACGUUUUAUUUAAGAAUAUUUCUGUUGUUGAAAUGUAAUUUUGGUCACAUAUUUAAAGGUCAGUGGUUUGAAGCCUUACUCAGAGUGCAAGUUGAUAAACACCUCAUGGCUGUUUGUGUCAUUUUAAACAAGCUGGAUUGCUUAUUGAAUCUUAAAUGGCCUUUUUUAUAUUUUUUAUACACUGCUGAUUUACUGAUACUAUACAAGUAGUAGCAGACAGCUUAAAGUCAAUGAAUCUAACCAGUGCCAGUUUUAGUAUAGUUUUUGUGCACACACCACAUACGCACAACCAUGCUUCUGCUAACCAACCUUUUGUUAAUGUGAUUUAACUAAUUGAUGUAAGUAGAGAUGCAGUUUACUGAAGAUUCUUUUUUCUUUUUUUUUCUCAUGUUUCAAGUGUCAGGCAUUGGCAGAUUCAUCUGGAAGGAAUGCUAGAACAAGAAAUGAUCACAUUUGUAACAUUUCUUAAUUAAUAAAUCAUUUAAAUCUGA